AUGACAGAAGAGCAACUGAGCCGCCUUCUAUCGGUGCUGGAAACCCGAAGAACCCCUUCGCCGACCAUGACGCAAGGAAGUUUUGCGAGAUGUACAGCCCGAUUCGACGGAUCGAGAGAAAGAUCGAAGGUGGAAGAUUUCAUCUCUACCGUAUCGAUAUACAAGGAUAUCGAGGGAAUUUCUGACGAGAACGCCAUCAGAGGAUUACCACUCCUACUGGACGACGAAGCUGCAAUUUGCUUACAGAACGCCUACGCCCCAAAACGCCAACCAUACACCGUAUACGCCGAAAUCUUCGCAACGAAGCAAGAUAAUCGAAUCCCAACGGACGUAUUCCUCGCAAAAAAGAGAGCGCUGCUAGCAGAACUACCUCAGAGCCACACAGAAGAAGUGCAACUAGAUAUACUGUGUGGACUUCUUAAACUCAGCACCAGAGAGCGGAUACCAAGGGACUCGAUCUAG